CACCCAUCCUCGGCCGAGCAAAGUUGCCUUUGACUGCCCUCCCCUCCAGACUCUGAACAAAGAUGCAGAAAAGGAAGAAGAAGAAGAAAAAAGAAGAUGACUUACUCUCUUUAUAGCUGUGAAUGAGUCUUCAAACUGCCCCUACACUGGUGUGAUAGUCGGACUUUCUGAUAAUCCGAAAGCCCAACCUUGCUGUGCCCACGUGAUAGAAGGUUUUUAUCACGUGAAAAUUUUCAACAGAAGAAAAGUUGAAAGUGAAGACACUAGUCCAAGAUAGGAAGUGAUAUGCUGACUCAGCGUGAGUAAAAGUUAAGCAAGUGAAGCAAGUGGGACAAAGGCUUUUUGAUAGAAAAGGGGAAGAUAGAAACAUAGAAGGAAGAAGUUAACAGGGAAGAGAAAGGCCUAGGAUGGCUUCAUGAUCCUUUGAGUAGGGGGGUUUCGACUAUAGAAGCAUGGCUAUAAAAGACUGACCUCUAUAUUUCACAGAAGGAGAAAUAACAGGAUGAAGAGGAUUAGCGGAGAGUCACUCAUAGGGUACAAGUGAAUAAAGAGAGUCAUGGUAAAAUAUAGAACCAAAACAGACUAUACAUCUAGAUAACGUAUCUAAAGAGAUUAUCCCGCUUGAGAUCACAAGGUACUAUUUAUAAUAGUAGCCUAUAUCAAGGAUAGAUACAGGGUAGAGAAGUGGACAAUAGGUAUUAUUAUUGUCAUUCUAACUGCUUGUAAGAUAUAUAGCCCCAAGAUGGUAGUUAUAUCUUGAAAGGCCAUAAAUUGGUCUGUUCUGAGGUGGCAUUAUAGCAGGCAAUGUCCAUAGUAUAGAGAAGCAUAGACUAACAUGGUUACACUCAAGAAUAUCCAUUGACCAGAACCCUCAAGCAGCUUUUCCGAGUAUUCUCAAAAGAAAAUCUGACGACUUCAUAAGAGUCGACGUCUUUAAAACACUGCGCGGUCGUAGGGGGUAUCGUCAGCCAUCCGUUGGGGUAACCCAUUGGGUGCCCACCAUUGGUUCGCUGUCCCACGCUGCUGGCGGCUGCUCCUGAUUGGGGUUUCGUGGCAUACACUAAUGUAAUCCGUAACCUCGUAACGUUGGCCACAUCUUCAGUGGUUCAAAUUCUCAUCUUUCGCUGUUUCUCGUCGUUGCUUUUUGGGUGAAAGAACAGAAAUCGGUGAAGCAGUCACGUGGUCUUAUCUGCCAGCGAAGUCUUAACUUUAUCGUCUUGGCACGAUCUCUCAUAAAAUUUGGGCGAAAAAAGAAGCGAGGUUGACUCAUUGAUAUAAAGAUCGAACUCGCCGGUUUAUUUCUUUCUUGAUUUCCUUCCUCAAGAUUUACUGAGGUGGAUAGAUUGGAUACCUCCAGCAGUUACUUAAUUCCUUCUUUAUUUUCCUCAUUGCGUACCUCAGAAUCGUCGAAGCACCAUGCCGUUCGCUAAGCCCACAGUUGAGGACAACGAUGAUAGCAGAGGUAUGUUCCCUGUUGCCCCUGCGUAAAAUCAGUAUCGCUUGUCAAGCAGGGGCUGAUAUAAAGCUUCAGUGUUGGGAUACGAUCCGUUGCUCUCGCCUCAAUUCCUUCAGACGGAAGUGCCAGUGGUAAGUCCAGCCCCACAAUGUACGUCGCUAGUAACAAGCAGAAUUCUAACACCCGCCAUUUCUGUGUCUAUUAGUCUGCCUCUGCGGUAGAAACUGUCCGAUCAAGCCGUAAGGAGGUUAUUGAGGUCAUUGAACAGCGUGAUGACCGUCUUCUUGUCGUCUGUGGCCCAUGCUCAAUUCACGACCCCACUACAGCGCUGGAGUACGCUGAGCGCCUAAAAGCGCUGUCCAAUAAACUAAAGGGAGAUCUCUGUAUCAUCAUGCGAGCAUACUUGGAGAAGCCUCGAACAACUGUUGGGUGGAAGGGACUGAUCAAUGAUCCCGACAUCGAUGAAUCCUACAACAUUAAUAAGGGACUUCGAAUCUCCCGAAAACUGUAUGCUGAUCUUAACGGUAUGGGUAUGCCAAUUGCAAGCGAGAUGUUGGAUACAAUCUCCCCCCAGUACCUUGCCGAUUUGAUAUCUCUGGGUGCCAUUGGUGCCCGUACCACUGAAUCCCAACUGCAUCGUGAGCUAGCUUCGGGUCUCAGUUUCCCAAUUGGGUACAAGAACGGCACAGACGGAAGUAUUGGGGUUGCAAUUGAUGCUAUUGGUGCUGCAGAGAAGCCUCAUCGCUUCCUAGGAGUCACCAAGCAAGGCCUAGCUGCUAUCACCAAGACAACAGGCAACGAGCAUGGGUUCGUCAUCCUUCGCGGUGGCACAAAGGGCACCAAUUAUGACGCAGAGAGUAUUGCUGCUGCGCGUGAACAGCUAGCGAAGAAGAAACAGCGUGAGAUCAUCAUGGUUGAUUGCUCGCACGGUAACUCCAAGAAGGACCAUCGAAAUCAGCCUCUGGUAGCUCAGUCCGUCGGGGACCAGUUGCGUAAGGGUGAGGAGGGUAUCAUCGGGGUUAUGAUUGAGUCCAAUAUCGCUGAAGGCAACCAGAAGGUGCCUCCAGAGGGCCCGUCAGGCCUCAAGAAGGGCGUCAGUAUCACCGAUGCCUGUAUCAACUGGGAAACAACGGUUGAAGUCCUCGAACAGCUCGCCGAAGCUGUGCGUACAAGAAGGGAGGUUCGUUCAAAGAAGGAAUAAGUAUGGAGGAACGGGUGGGUAUCUCGGGGAAUUAGGGAGCAAUUGAUCAUUCGUAGGGAAAGGGUAAUUAUUAAACAUAAAGUCGUUCUAUGGCUUUGAAAAAUUAUUUCUUGAAUUCGGGGGAACUUCUGGUUAUACCUCUAGCACGCAGGCAGCGAUAGAUUUGGUCCUGAAAAGAUAAUAGAAAAACAACAAUAAGUGAUAUUCUUUCGUUGGUACAUAUUUUUCAUGGCAUAUCCGGCUGGCCUCCUUGGUGGUUAGGAACCUUAGCCGGUCGCAAUCUCGUCAUUGGCGUGGAGAACGACGCCGGAUUGAAGCAUUAUUCCGUCUGAACAUUGAGGGCAUUCAAUCUUCAUAAACGGCUACGAGGCUUCUUCUUCAACCUCCGCACUCUCUGCUCGAGAUGUCAACACAAAAACCUAAGUCAAGCGAGAGUGCGACCCCUGGCCUUUUAUACACGGCUGAAUUGCCGC